GGCAUGGGUCGGUUACUCGUUUUCCCUGCAUCUUUUUUCCACCGAUAAAAUAUGUCCCCAGAAGAAGAAGAAGAAUUGAAGGCGACUUGGCACGACUCUUUCCCUUUCCCUCUGGCUUCCGGAUUCCCCUUCGAAAUUUCAACGCGGAAUUCGCAAACUUCAGAAUCAAAGUCAGUCGUUCCCAAAAACUGGGCUCAAAUCCAGGGAAAUCGAUACCCAUGAGUCAAUUGUCUGAUCUUUCAAAUCUGUUCAUUCAUCAUUCUUUGAUAUUUUCCUCUCUUGAAUUGUCUGAUCUGUGAGUUUGGGACGAGGAAUAAUCGAAUUCCGAUGGGAACUCCGGCGUUUCCAAACCUGGGAAAGCAUUGCACCGUCGAAGACUGCAAGCUCAUUGAUUUCUUGCCCUUCACCUGCGAUUGUUGUCACCAGGUGUUCUGUUUAGAGCACAGGAGUUACGGUAAACACCAAUGUCCAAAAGCCAACAAACAAGACGUAACUGUGGUUAUCUGCCCACUGUGCGCGAAAGGGGUCCGCCUGAUUCCUGAUGAAGACCCAAACAUUACUUGGGAGUCGCAUGUUAAUACGGAGUGUGACCCGUCAAACUAUGAAAAAGCAACAAAGAAGAGAAAAUGCCCCGUCCGUGGCUGCAGAGAGAUCCUAACGUUCUCAAACACAAUCAAGUGCCGCGACUGCAUUCUGGAACAUUGCUUGAAGCAUCGGUUUGGGCCGGAUCACAACUGUCCUGGGCCCAAGAAACCAGAUCCGGGCUUCCAGUUUAUGGGCCUUCUAAAUCUGAGUCGAAAAGAAGAUCCAAAAUCCACGUCUUCGUCCAAAUGGUCCACGAGCCUCCUCAAUGCUGCCUCCAGCUUCCGGGCCACAGCUGAAGCCGGAAUGGCAAGGUUGAGCAGCGAGUUCAGCCAAAAGACUCAGAUGACUAGGAAUGGAGUGGUGGGACAGAGUAGUGGCAGCAGUAGCGGUGGUGUGAAUCAGGUGGAGCAAUGUCCGCAGUGUAAGGUGAGGUUUUCUUCGGUUACUGCUCUGGUGGAACACGUGGAGAAAGUUCAUGAAAGGAACGGCAACCGGAGCGGCGUUAUGAAGGUUACCAUUGAUGUUUGCCCCAAGUGUAAUAAGGGUUUUCGGGAUCCGGUGUCGCUCGUGGAGCAUGUGGAGAGGGACCAUGCAGGCACUUCAAAGGCUUAGAAAGCAUGUUUGUUCAUACAGAAGUAGUCCUGGAGAACUUUUUUUCUGUUUGUUUUGGUCUGGUUCCAUUGUUUCCAAGGUAUGCUUUGCAUACUUCAUUGUUGUUAAAAAGGACAGCAAAGGAGGCUUGAGGCCCAACUUUUGAUUUUUUUGUAUUUACAGUUUCAAAGUAAACUGGUUGUACUCAUUGUGCAAGAAAGUUGCAAUUACUUCAGGACAGCAAAUUUAGUUUCCUA